AUGUCAGGUUCAGAGAGGAAUUCCGAAUACAAAAAUAGAGAUAGAUCAAGAUCUCCUGUACGUCGUCGUAAUAAUAAUGAUAACUUCGACGAUAAUAACAACAACAACAACAACAACAACGAACGUAAUUCCUAUGGUAAUGACAGAAGAAAUAACAACAAUCGAAGAAGAAGACAAGAAAAUAAUGACUCCUAUCGUGGUUCCAGAUACAAUAAUGGCAAUGAAACUCGUGGAAGAUAUAAUGAUAAUGACCAUGGAAAUAAUAAUAACAGUAGAUAUGGAGGCCGUAACGACUAUGGCAGGGGUCGUUCCAGUAGAAGUUAUCAAAAUGAUAGAAGAAAUCCUAGAUUUAGUCAGAAAGGUGAUUAUGGUCCAGUAUUAGCUAGAGAAUUAGAUAGUACGUACGAGGAGAAAGUCAAUAGAAAUUAUGCAAACAGUAUCUUUGUUGGGAAUCUUACUUAUGAUUGUACUCCAGAUGAUUUAAGAGAUUUUUUCUCUUCUGUUGGUGAAGUUGUUCGUGCCGAUAUUAUUACUUCAAGAGGUCAUCAUAGAGGGAUGGGUACUGUUGAGUAUACCAAUCCACAGGAUGUUGAUGACGCCAUUCGUAAGUUUGAUAGUUCGGAAUUUAUGGAUCGUCCAAUUUUUGUCAGACAAGAUAAUCCACCACCAGAGAGUAAUCGUGAACGCAACAAUGGUAGAAAUAAUCAACAAAGAAGACAACAGGAUGAAAGACCACAAUAUCAACAACAACAGCAACAAAAUCCAAGACAAAGACAAAGGUUACCAUCGUUUGAAGUCAUUAUUAACAAUUUACCUCGUUCAAUAAACUGGCAAGCUCUUAAGGAUAUGUUUAAAGAGUGUGGUACUGUUACAAGAGCUGAUGUGGAGUUGGAUAAUAACGGAUAUUCUACUGGUGUAGGUAAAGUUAUUCUAACGACACAAGCUGAUAUGGAUGAUGCUAUUAAACGUUACAAUGGUUAUCAGAUAGAAGGUAGUGUUCUAAAUGUUGAGCCAGGUAGAAUAUCUGGUCCUGGUCCUGCAUCUGAACCUGGUAAUAGAUAUGAUAACACUAGUACUAAUGGUGAUACUACUACUACUUCAGUUCCAUCAUUUAGUACCGUUGGUUAUGAGGCAAAUGGUCCACGUAGUAACUUUAUCUUUUGUAGUAACUUACCCGAAUCUACUGAUAGAAAGGAUCUAUAUGACCUAUUUGAAACUAUGGGUAAAUUAAAUAACGCCGAGUUAAAGAGAAACACUACCAAUGAACCUACAGGGGUUGCUAUUGUGGAAUAUGAAAACAUUAACGAUGCUGAUGUUUGCCUAGAAAGAUUGGAUAAAUACAAUUAUGGUGGAUGUGAUUUACAAAUUUCUUAUGCUGUUAAAAGAUAA